CCCUGUGGCGAGAGGCGUGCACUGCAGGCACAAGUAACCCGGAUGCUCGCGGCGUAGCAAACAUGUCCAACAUGUCCAACAUGUCCUGUUUCUUGCUCCUUGCAGCUCUUUUCGCUCCCGGGAGGACGGCGGAGGUGUCGCUGUGGAAUGUGGAGAUCAACUCGACCCAGCAUGCUGUGUUCCGGAAGACACUAUAUGCCAACACUACCAUCUUCAUGAAGUUCCAGGGCGACGUGGGCUCAUGCGACCGAACUGCGGCCUUCAACAUCAGCUGGUACCUGCGCUCGUCUAUCUGCUACAACGAGGUCUUCAACACGCCGGACAACAAGGCCAUCAACAUGUUCGCCAUGGAGCACAUGCUGAAAGAAGGCUGGAGUGGCUUCUACAGUCAGGGCUACGUCUACUUCGACAACUGCUCGGCUCUCUUCUCGCCAAAGGUGUACUAUGCAGACUUCAAUCCCUACCAGCCCCUGUCUAGUCCCAAGAGUGACCCUUCCAACCAGAGCCUCACUUGGCCCGACAAGCCGGACAUCGGCGCCGUGGCCAAGGCGUGGGAGGACAGCCCUUACCUGUUCAUCGUGAAGGUGCAGCCGCUCUUCCGCGGCCUGGAGGAGGAAGACUUUACUUUCACCAUGAAAGUGGAGAUGAAGGGACCCCAUGACUAUUCAUCCCCGGCAGACUGGCCCCAGAUGAUGUUCUUCAUGGUCAUGUGCAUCGUCUACGUCUUUUUCGGGACCCUCUGGCUCUUCUGGUGCGCCUGCUACUGGAGGGACCUGCUGCGCAUCCAGUUCUGGAUCAGCGGCGUCAUCAUCCUGGGCAUGCUGGAGAAAGCCGUCUUCUACUCGGAGUACCAGAGCAUCCGCUACCGAGGCGACUAUGUGGAAGGAGCGGUGAUAUUUGCCGAGCUGCUGUCUGCGCUGAAAAGAUCCCUGGCCCGCAUCCUGGUCCUCAUUGUCAGCCUCGGUUAUGGCAUCGUCAAGCCCAGGUUAGGAACCACAGUGCACCGGCUGGCAGCCGUUGGGCUUCUUUACCUCCUCUUCUCUUCAGUGGAGGGCGUGCUGAGAGUGACGGGGGGUUUCUAUGGGACGGUUGCCCUGGUGGCCAAUCUCAGCUUGUCCCUCAUUGACUCCUGCGUCAUGUGGUGGAUCUUCAUCAGUCUGUCGCAGACCACCCGGCUGCUGAAGCUGCGCAGGAACGUGGUGAAGCUCUCCUUGUACCAACACUUCACCAACACGCUCAUCUUCUCCGUGGUCGCAUCCAUCAUAUUCAUCAUAUGGACCACCAAAGUCUUCAAGCUGGUGGACUGCCAGAAGAGUUGGAGGGACUUGUGGGUGGACGACGCCUUCUGGCGUCUCCUCUUCUCCACCAUCCUUCUGGUCAUCAUGGUGCUGCUGCGGCCCUCCGCCAACAGCCAGAGGUUCUCCCACUCGCCUCUGAUCGACGAGGACGACGAAGAGGAUGACGCCAAGGAGCCCAUGUUGAAUGAAGCAUUUGAGGGCAUGAAGAUGAGAGGUUCCAAGCCAGAUGCAAACGGAUCCCAGAAGCUGCUGAGCAAAGAGGAUGAAGAUCUCAAAUGGGUGGAGGAGAACAUUCCCACAACCGUCGCUGACGUCGCCUUGCCUGCCAUGCUGGAUGAGGAAGAGGAGAUCCUGAAAACCAAGAUGGAAAGAUCCAAAAUGGAGUAGAGGUGUCGGUGCCCCUCCAGACCCCCAGGAAUGAAAACAAAGAUCCAAAAUGGAGUAGAGGUGUCAGUGCCCCUGCAGACCCCCAGGAAUG